ACGAUCGUGCCGCGGCCGCGGGGUGCCGCCGGAUCUGGCUGGAGGCGGCUUCCGGUGGGGCGGACGCUCGGCGGCAUGGCGCGGCGGCGGCGGCGGUUCCUGGAGGCGGCGGCGCGGGGGCUGGUGGGCGCGUGCCCGGGCCAGGCCCGGUUCCUGCUGUGGACGCUGAGCUCCGGCAGAGAUGAUGAAUUGCAAAAAGAAAGGAUAUGUCCUUACUGUUUCCAGUUCCUGAUUCCUGAUAACCACCGUGUACGUCUCAAACCAAAGAUGAGAGUGACUCCACAGAUAGAGAGGAUUCUAAAACGAGAAGCAAAGAACUGUAAACUCAACAUGAAACAGACAAAGAUUUUGAAAAAGUACAGGGACUCAAGAAGUGUUUUGCUGGUUACUUGCAACUCAUGCGACAAAACAACAAGACAUUAUGGUAAAAGCAGAGAUUUUCUGGCUGCUGUGACACACCAUUCUGGUACUCCAGCCAUUAAAUCUGGCCUUAAGACACCUGAUCGGAAAAUUCCAUCUGCAAACAAAAUGACACCUGCAAGCUGCAGUGGGACUGGAUCUAAAGGAAAGAGUCCAUCAUCACUUCCCAGAACAUGUGUACCCGGACAGGCGACAACCAACUCCUUUUCCAAGACUCCCCGAAACUCCAAAUUUCACUUUUCUAAGCUAAAAUGGAUGCUUAAUCUAGAAGAAAAAGAGAAAAGCCAGAAGGCAGAUUUGAAAACCUUCUUAACUUUACUUUAGUUAUUCAUUAUUGCAAAAUAAUAGAAGUUACAGCAGUAAGUAUUUUUCCAGUGGUUGUAAAUGAACAAAAUUAGUGAUUUCUUUAAAACUCAAGCUAAUGGUAUUUAUUGUGUAAGAACAGACCAUGUUUUUUAGAAGCAAGCUCUGUCUCUGUGGGGUCUGACUGCCUGCAAGAGGGAAACAACCGGUCUAGUAUGCUUGGGAAUCUUGAACAUGUUUUGCAGUCUCUAAUGGCCCAAGAAUUAAAAGUCAGAAUCUAUUCUUUGAGGAAGCAGACAAUACUGGGUCCAUUAGCAUACCAACUUCCUCCACCUCCCUCCCCUAUUGUUAAGAUAAUGUAUCACAAUAGAACUUAAAAGAUCUCAUCCUUGCUUCCCAUGUUGGAGUUAAACACAGACACUUUGGUUGGCAUAUUCUGCAGGUACGAUUUGUUCAAGAGGUCUGCCUUACUGUUGCUGUCAUUUGACACUUGUGGUAAUUUAAAUGUUAUUACACAGUAUUUAGAAAGGUAACAAAGUAACUUACUUUUUAAGAUAACACUCAUACAAAGAGAGAUAAAACAGUAUAUCAUCCAGAAUAAGUUUCUUCAUUAUUUUAAGAAUGUCCUUUGUGAUUUGGACUGCAGUUGCUGCUGCUCCCAGGAUAACAGAAGCUUGUGAGACUGCACUGUAAUGCAGGAAGCUCUGAAUACCUACCAAGAGUUUCACGCUAGACUACUGUCAGUACCCCACUUCAUUACUUCUAUGAGUAGCACAGCCAUAAGGUAUACAGGAUGUUUCCUUUUUGAUUGCUCUUGUGUUACCAAAAUGAGUCAGUUUCUUUCAAAAAUGGCUGAGGAGAGAACCUCUUUUUUAAAUAUCUUUCAGUUUUGACAGGCAUCAGACUUCAUAGUUACUUCCUUCCUGGAGUUAACCCUGGAAAAGUAGGCUUGCUCUGGACAGUAGUCAUCUCCUUGCACCAGAACAUUUUGAUGUGAAUAGAAGUGGCCAAGGUUAAAGUGGUCCUCCACUGUCAGAUUUUAUGUUUUCAGUUCAGCAUAGGAGGUGAUAAAGGACAAUAGAAAGCCAUGAUGCAGGAUGGAGCUUAUAGCCUGCUCCGUAUAUAGUCUGCAGUGGCAGUUUUGCAAAUCAUGCUUCAGACUUCCCCUUUCAAAAGAGAAUCAACUGAUAAAAAACAUUUGAAUUUUUGGUUUUAGUUCUGUAUUUUCCAUUUUGUAUUUUAAUGAAUAGAUCCCUUUAAGUGCAUUCCGAUUCGAUGCACACCAGUUAAGAAAUAGGACCAACAAAUAAGUUGGCAGACUUGAAAGAGUUGGGAGGGGGAUAAAGGUUGUUGCAAAUCCUACUUACCGUGUCAAAGAUUGGUGUGUAACCAUGUUAUAUCUCCUAGCCAUACAUAGAACAGUUUUGAAAGGUUUACUUCAGGUUGUUUCUUAUGUAUAUGUAGGAUCAAAUUAAGUGCCAUCCUAGGAUCAAAAUGUGGACCUUGAAGUUGCACAUUUUGUGAUGUAGAACUUACUUGGUAUUAAUUCAUCUGUUCUUACUAAGUUUGUGAUCCAAUAUUCUGAGAAGAUACUUCGGUCUUGUUCAUGGAGAAUGUAUAUUAUAAAAAAAAUUUGAAGAACAAGUUUUAUAAUAAAUGUUUAUAUUAGAA